UUUUCUUGUUCCGUGUGCGACCCGCGAGGCGCGAAGUGAAAUACAUAAAUAACACACACACAUUCACACACCACACACCAAAACCAAACCAAGGACCAAGGAAAUAUAGUGAGUUAUAUUCUCUUUACUUGAUAACUUGAAUUAAGUCGUCGCUGACCCAGGCUGCAGAUAAUCAUGCCGCCGAAAGCUAAAAAGCAGAAAGUGGAUGAACCACAGAUUUUGCAGAAGUGCAAACACUGCAUUCACUGCAACCCCAAGAAAAGGAAGCCACUGGAGCCUGAUAGUGCUGAAUUCUAUGGGAACAAAGGAUACAGGAAGGGUUUCAAGGCUGACAGAUACUAUGCUAGGCAGCACAAAGCUUACAUGUUUGUCAAGAGAGGACCUUUCAAGUGGACCAAAAUCCACUUUGCUGUUUGGAGGAAUGAUCUGCGCGCUGUCGAGAAGUUUGUGGAGUUCCACCAAACUGAGAAGCCUGAGGUGUUGCUGCAAACAGGCCAGUGGGGUGAAACGGCUCUGCAUUUGGCUUUGAGAAUGCAAAGGUCUCCUGAAAUGAUCAAAGAGCUGCUUCGAGGCAAUGGAAAAGAUGCAGUCAAUAUGAAACUGGAGGAGUACUACUUCAAAGACAUUGAUCAGAUGAUUUGUGGUAUGGACUUUGCUACUAUCCAAUCCACGAGGCUGUCAAUUACGAGAAGCAAAGUGAUGCUUUUGAGGUGACCAAACUGCUGAUUAAGAAUGGGGCUGAUGUGAACGCCGGUGACUAUAAUGACAUUCGCCCUGUGAGCAUGGCAGCUAUGCAUGGUCAUCACAAAGUGAUUACACUUCUUCUUGAGAAUGAUGCGGAGCCACCAAAAGUAAAUGAGUGCAGUGUUUUCCACUGUGCCGUGAAUUCCAAAAAAACGGACAAAGUGGUCAUCAAAUGCCUGCAAAGCCUCUUUUCCAAAGACCCAACUAUUGUCAACUGGAAGGAUGAGAGGUAUGAGAAAACCGCUCUUCACACUGCCUGCGAAAACAUGAAAGCCAAAGCGGCUAAGUUUCUGUUGACGUCUGGAGCUGAUCCAAGUGCCAAGAACAAGAAAGGGCGAACUCCUUUGGAUGUUGUUGGGAAGGAAUGCUGGCCAAAACUUGAUGAGGAAAAGCGAAAGGAAGCAAAUAGGAUGUUCAAAAGCAUUUUCAAGAGCCAUGCGGCUGGUACACUCAAAGUGAAUCUGCCUUCUUCAGACAGUGAAGAUAGUGAUUUUGAUGAUGACACUGAUGGCAGUGACUACUCUUACAAUUAUGUAAACACUGAUGAUAGUACUGACAAAGACUCAGACGAAGGCAAUGAAGACUCUGAUGAACGUGAUUCUGAUGAUGAAGAUCAAGGAGUUGUUAAUAGCUGCUAUUCCCAUUAAUUUUAUAUCUCAUGAAU